AAAAAAAAAAAAAAGAAGAAGCUUCAGAGUCUCCGUAGAACUCAUCGUUGGCCUUGGCAAGCAUCGGCUCGGUGCAAACAAAGCAAAAGAAAACAAAACACGCUCCAUAAUUAUCAAGAAAACCGGUUGAUAUGCGCAAACAAGAAGCUAUCAGUUAUCCCAAAGCGCCCACAAGUUUAAUGCCCACUAGUUGCGUGCGUCGUCUCCUCUCCUUUCGCUGACCUCUUCCUCUGGACUAUGGCCGUGUCCAGAAAAACUAGUUUCGUUGCUGUUCUAGAUUCUUCUUCCUGCUUGCCUCUUCUUGAUAUUUGCCCUGGUCUAGCUGUCUUGGCCUUAUAGCAGACAGAGCUGUAUUCUCUGGUGAUUGAACAGAGGAUUGGAGGUUGUUCUUGGUUCUUGGAGGAGAAUCAUCUCCCUUGGCAGCUUCAAAAAAUCAUUAGUUUCUGCAGCUAUCUGCAGAGAGGAUAAAAUGGGCUUCUUCUAUAUGAGACAUUUAAAGGGCAUACAUGCAAUUUCUGAUGGCAUGAUUCAUAUGUUGCAUACUUAAGAUCGAAUCUUUUGUGGAGGAAUAUCCAUCUCGGUAAAUUGUGUGUGUGUUUUGUAAGAAAUUCACCUGAUGGUGGAAAUUUGUGUUCUUGCGUGUAGCUCUCUACAAGCAGGAGGAAGAAGACGACACGGCAGUACAGAGGAUCAAUGGAGGAAGAACCGAGUGCAACGUGUAGGUACUUUUGCCACAUGUGCUCGCUGAUCGUGAGGCCGGAGAUGGGCAUCGAGGAGGUGAAGUGCCCCCACUGCCACUCCGGCUUCGUGGAAGAGAUGGUCGGCGGCGACGACGACGAUGGACGGCGAAGCGGCAACGCCGCCGCCGGAGGCCGCGGCGCUGCCAGUGAGGAGAACGCCGACGACGAGGCGACGCCCGCUCCGCCUCCUUGGGCGCCUAUGCUCAUAGACCUCCUCGGCGUCUCGUCCCGACGCCACGGCCUCGAUGAUGGCAGCAGCGACCUCGCCGCCUUCGCGCGGAGGCAGUACCGCAACAUCGCCUUCCUGCAGCUGCUCAGCGCGCUCCAGGACGACGACGAAGCCGGCGGCGACACGCCCGGCGACUCGGGGCGCGAGCGGCUCGUUCUGGUUACCCCCGCGGACGGCAAUGGCGCCGCCGCGACGUCCGGCUUCACGCUCGGCGACCUGUUCCUCGGCCCCGGGCUGGACCUGCUGCUGGACUACCUGGCCGACACCGACCCGAACCGUCAGGGCACGCCGCCGGCCAGGAAGGAGGCCGUGGCCGCGCUGCCGACGGUCCGGGUACACGACGCGGCCGGCGCGACGUGCCCGGUGUGCCUGGACGAGUUCGAGGCCGGCGGCGAGGCGAGGGAGAUGCCGUGCAAGCACAGGUUCCACGACGGCUGCAUCCUGCCGUGGCUGGAGGCGCACAGCUCCUGCCCCGUGUGCAGGUACCAGCUGCCCACGGACGACGAGCCCACCGCCGGCAACGUCGUCGUUGCAGCCGAGGGCGGCGACGAGCUCAUUGGCAAUGCACGCGGCGGCGGCGGCGAUGGUGAUGGCGACGGAGGAAGCAGUGGCAGGAGGCGCUGGCUCUCGUGGCCUUUUGGCGGGUUAUUCUCGCACAGAUCGAGCAGGAGGUCCUCCUCGUCGUGACGGCAAAAUGCAGCAAACAAUGUGAUUAGUUCAGUUGUCUAGUUGAGUAGUUGUAUGUCCCUGCAUCAGUGCAUUCUUGUAUAGUUGGAUAGCUGCAUUUGUUCUUUGGUCGAAACUUGAAACUGUAAUUUUUGGGUGGUUAAGGUGAGCAUCUGUGAUAAACAUUUUGAAACACCAGUUUAAGCGAGACAUUAGUUAAGUAUCAA